CCCGGCUAUUGUGUCCCUCCCUGGGAAUCUGUGCAAAUUGAACGAGGAGCCGUGCAAGCUGCUGCGAGCUCGCCCAUUUUCCUUCCCUUCGUCUAGAACAAAAGAUCCCUCCAGAGCCCAGCGACGGAGGCUGGACAUCUGUCGCCAUUUGGGGGGGCCGGCGUGGUCAUUGAAAAGAAGCAGUGACCUGUCAGCUUUGAUUGAUGGCCACAAACCUCCGGGCUCGACCCCUCGUGUGGGAAAAGAAGUCCCGCCAAGGAAAGCUGCCUUUCAGAUGCUAAUUUGGGGUUAUAAAUACAGCCGAGGAGGAGCAGCGGAGCAGCAAAGAGCCCGUCUGGAAGGGGAGCUAGCCAGUGCCCGAGCGCCUCCUCCCCAUCCCUUCCCAUCCUGUCCCAUCCCGUCCUGCCGUAGCCGGGCCGGCUGCUGGAUCAGGAUGACGGCCGCGGCCACCACCAGCACGCACAAGGUCGCCAGCACCAAGGAGGAGAGGAAGUUAAGGAAACCCCUCAUUGAGCGGAAGCGAAGGGAAAGGAUUAAUAACUGCUUAGACCAGCUGAAGGAGACUGUUGUGGGUGCAUUUCACCUGGAUCAGUCUAAACUGGAAAAAGCAGACAUCCUGGAAAUGACAGUGAAGCACCUCCAGAACAUCCAGAGCAGCAAGAUGAUGGCUGACUCCAAGGUGGGUCUGGAAGCCCAGCAGAGGUACAGCACCGGCUACAUCCAGUGCAUGCACGAGGUGCACAACCUGCUGCUCACCUGCGAGUGGAUGGACAAGACCCUCGGGGCGCGCCUGCUGAACCACCUGCUCAAGUCCCUGCCCAGGUCUGGUGAAGACACCUGCAAAGCAGCACUGAGGUCUCUGAGCCCGCCCCUGCAGCCUCUCCUGACACAGAAAAGUGCCCUGAGCCCUAAGGGCGGCAGCACUCGAGGCACAAACCCGUCACAGGAGCGCCUCUGCCCUGCGGAGAGCAAGCAAGCUUCCAAAAAUUCCUUCCAGCUGCCCUCGCUGUCGGUUUUCAACCAGGUUGAUGCUGCACCUCCCAGACAGGUUCUGCAGCCAAAUUUUUCCCAUAACAACCCCAGAAUGGGGUCAUUAGAUAUGUGGAGACCGUGGUAAAGUGUGCUUUCAAUUUUUGUCCUAACCUUAGACACUCUCACAUAUGUAUCUUAUAGAUAUGUUUCUAUAAAACACUUGUGGAGCAAAUCUGUUCCUGUAGGUGUACUAAAGACCUGGGUACUUCAAGCCGAAGUAAACCUAUGUGUAGCCUGCAUUGUAGAAGGCUGCUAUUAUUUUUUAUUUAUUUAAUACAUCUAAAUUAUUGUAUAGAAUCCUCUCAUGCUCUUUAGUGUAUAAUAAUUAAAUAGUUUUCUUGUCUUGCAUUCUAAAAUAAUUAACUUUCUAUUAAUAAAAAUACAAGACAACAAGCAACGGCUUUCUCUGGCAUCAAACUUACCUUCAGAUCUCACAUAAGCCAUUGAGAUAUCUGUUGGAUAAAAGGGUAAGCGACUGGCCUCUUCUGCUUUCUAUUUUUAUUAUCAUCCCUGUGCAGUGUAGGACAUUCCAGUGUUGAGUUCCCAUAAAAAUGCUGCAAUGAUUAGAAGGAGGGAAAAAAACAAAAGAGAAAGAGAUAAAAGGAGAAAGUCUGGACUUUUAGUCUGUUUGGAAAUGCUCUCUGGAUUGCUCACUCUGGCUGUGCUGUUCCCAGUCACGCUGACAUCCUGACAUUGCUCUUAAGCGUGUGAGUACAUGCGUGUGUUUAUAUAUGUUGCAUAUAGCUAUAUUUAGGGAUUUUCUUUGUUUCCACAACUGAAAGUUCUAAAUAAACCUUUUGAAGAUAACGACUAAGAUAAGCUUUCUCCCAGCCUUGUCCCAUGUGCUCUGAAUAAAGAGUGUUUGAGCA